CGUAAAUACUCUAUAAUGUUUUCUAAUUGUUCAUAAAGUUGUAGUGCUUUCGUUGAAACAGAGAUGAGAAGCUUCAAGCAAAGCUAUAGAAAUAUGGCUAUGAAGAUGGCAUUAGUUUUGCCAUUUGUUAUUUUUAUAUGUUCACUUCUACAAAUUAGAGCGGAAACAGAUUAUUGUUAUGCAGACAAUCCAACACCUUAUCGGUACUUUUCUCGGAAAACUCCUUACUUGAUUAGUCGGGGUCCUCAAAUUCUUGAUCUUGAAAAUUGCGAGCCAGUAUAUUUGUGGGCAUUAAUUAGACAUGGCACAACAUACCCAGAUAUAUAUCUCACCAAUUCUAUGAAACAAUUAUCUCUUUUGAGAGAUAAAAUUAUUUUGAAUAAUAAAAAUAAAAGAGGGUACUUAUGCGAAAAAGAUUUUAAGAAUUUAGAAAACUGGAGUUUCAAUUUUACGUGGGGUGAAGAUCACAAGUUGACUGCUCAGGGAGUCAAUGAUCAGGUCUUCUUAGCUGAACUAAUAAUCAACGCUUUUCCAAAAUUAUUUGAAUCACCGAAGAGGGAAUCUUUCAAAUUCCAAAGCUCAGCUUACAAUAGUACCAAAGAAAGCGCUAUAGUAUUUAGUAACGAAUUGUUUGAAACUAAUUACAAUACCACUGCUGAAAGCAACAUCGAAGAAAAUGACGAAUUAUUACGCCUCAAUAAACAUUGUCCAAAGUACUUGACAGAUGUCGAAGGAAACCUAUCGUUACAUAAAGAAACAGAAUUAUUUCAAAAAUCGGAUUUCAUGAAAAGCAUCAUCGCUAAUGUCAGUCUUCGUUUAGGUUUUUCGGAUCAGUUGUCAUUUGAUGAAAUUUACUUGAUGUAUGAAACCUGUGCUUAUGAAAACGCUGCUAAUACCAAUUCGAAUCCACCUUUCUGUGCUGUUUUUUCGACAAAAGAAUUAAAAGUACUGGAAUACAUCAAUGAUAUGAAUGAGUACUACUCCAGAGGUUAUGGGAAUCAGUUGGCUAGUCAUUUGGGGUGCAUAGUGAUUCGAGAUAUGUUGACUUCAUUGAUAAACGCUUCCCAAGACGUCGAGGGUAUAAACAAAGGGAAAUUUUUAUUCACUCAAUCAGAUGUGCUUCUUCCUGCCACAGUAAAAUUAGGUUUACAUAAGGAAAAGGAACGAUUAGGACACAAUAAUUAUAAAAAAUUGAUUAAACGACGAAAAUGGAGACUUUCAAUUUUUGACAGCUUUGCGGCCAAUAUUAUUGCAGCUUUGUACAAAUGCCCUGGCCAAAAUGGAACUCAUCAGAACAGCGUCGUAAUUCAUCAAAAUGAACGACCAGUAGUAUAUCCAAUGCAAUGCACCGGUCAUCAUUGUACACUAGAAGGAUUGAAAACAAUUUUUCGAGACGUUCUAGAUGAAAAUCUAUGUAGUAUGGAAUUUUGCUACAAUUUCGAAACUCAGAAUGCCGGCGUAGGAGCAAUCUUUUUACAUUUUUCUGCUUUUAGUGUUCUCACAUUUGUUUGUAUUAUUGUGAAUUUGUUUUACUAAUCGUAAGAACUUUCAUCUCAUUGUCAGAGCAAAUUUCACCUGGUUUUUUAGGUAUCAGUUUUUCAAGUAUAUCUAUUCGUUGCAUAGAA